AUGUCUACUGUUUCUCUAGGUCACUACUUAUUCGAAAGAUUAAAGCAAGUUGGUGUUAACACCAUCUUCGGUUUGCCAGGUGACUUCAACUUGGUCUUGUUGGACAAGAUCUACGAUAUCCCAGGUAUGAGAUGGGUCGGUAACGCCAACGAGUUGAACGCCUCUUACGCUGCUGACGGUUACGCCAGAAUCAAGGGGAUGGCCUGUUUGUUGACCACCUUCGGUGUCGGUGAAUUGUCCGCCUUGAACGGUAUUGCCGGUUCCUACGCUGAACACGUCGGUGUCCUACACGUCGUCGGUGUUCCAUCCACUUUGUCUCAAGCUAAGGGUCUAUUGUUGCAUCACACUCUAGGUAACGGUGACUUCGACGUCUUCCACAGAAUGUCCGCCGAGAUCUCCGAGACCACCGCCGUCAUCACUGACUUGUCCAAGGCCGCCUCUGAAAUCGACAGAUGUAUCAGAACUACUUACGUCAAGCAGAGAACCGUCUACUUGGGUAUCCCAGCUAACAUGUUCGACUACGAAAUGCCAAGAUCCCUAUUGGACACCCCAAUUGACUUGUCCCUAAAGGCCAACAACCCAGAAUCCGAAUCCGAGGUUUUGGACACCAUCUUGGACUUGGUCUCCAAGGCUAAGAACCCAAUCAUCUUGGCCGAUGCCUGUGCCUCCAGACACGACGUCAAGAAGGAAACUCAACAAUUGAUUGACGCCACUCAAUUCCCAGCUUUCGUCACCCCAAUGGGUAAGGGCUCCAUCGACGAGACCCACCCAAGAUACGGUGGUAUCUACGUCGGUACCUUGUCCAGCCCAGCUGUCAAGAAGGCCGUCGAGUCCGCUGACUUGGUUCUAUCCGUCGGUGCCCUAUUGUCCGAUUUCAACACGGGUUCCUUCUCUUACUCUUACCAGACCAAGAACAUCGUCGAGUUCCACUCCGACCACAUCAAGAUCAGAAACGCUUUGUUCCCAGACAUGCAAAUGAAGUCUAUCCUACAAAAGUUGAUCACUCAAAUCAAGCCAGUCAUCGCCAACUACUCCCCAGUUGCCGUCCCAGCUAGAGCCCCAGCCAACGCCGCUGUCGACCCAUCCACCCCAUUGAAGCAAGAAUGGAUGUGGAAGGAACUAGGUAACUUCCUACAAGAAGGUGACAUCGUCAUCACUGAAACCGGUACCUCCGCUUUCGGUAUCAACGGUACCACUUUCCCAAAGAACACCGUCGGUAUCUCCCAAGUUCUAUGGGGGUCCAUUGGUUUCACCGGUGGUGCCGUUCUAGGUGCUGCUUUUGCCGCUGAGGAGAUCGACCCUAACAGAAGAGUCAUCUUGUUCAUUGGUGACGGUUCUUUGCAAUUGACCGUUCAAGAAAUCUCCACCUGUAUCAAGUGGAACUUGAAGCCAUACUUGUUCAUCUUGAACAACAACGGUUACACCAUCGAGAAGUUGAUUCACGGUCCAACUGCCCAAUACAACGAGAUUCAAUCUUGGGAACACUUGCAAUUGUUGCCAACUUUCGGUGCCAAGGACUACGAAGCCGUCAGAAUCGCCACUGUCGGUGAAUGGAACAAGUUGACCCAGGACAAGGAGUUCAACAAGAACUCCAGAAUCAGAUUGAUCGAAGUCAUGUUGCCAGUCAUGGACGCUCCAGAAUCUUUGAUCAAGCAAGGUCAAUUGACUGCUGCCAUCAACGCCAAGAAGGAUUAA